AUGCUAGCACAUCAAGAAUCUCUUCCCCGUUUACCUGUACCACGACUACAAGAAACGUUAACCAAGUACUUGCGUUCAUUAAAAGCUCUAGUAGAUGAUAAUGAAUACCAAUCAAAUGAAAAUAUUGUUAAGGAAUUUGGUCAACCUGGAGGAAUAGGAGACAAAUUAACAAAGAUGAUUCAACAGAAAGCAAAAACACACGACAGCUGGUUACACGAUUGGUGGAUGAAGAGCGAGUACCUGGAUCCACGGUAUCCCAUAUGUGUACAUACCAGUCCGGCAUUUCUGUUUCCGAAACGCUCAUUUCGAAAAAAGAGCCAGCAAAUUGAAUUUGCCGCCAAGAUGAUUAUAGCUAUAAUCGAAUUUUACUAUAAAAUCAAGGGCGAGGAUCUACCUGUGGAUAAAAGCGGUAAGCACCCCGUGUGUAUGGUGCAGUACACAAAACUUUUCUAUUCCUGUCGCAUUCCUGGAAAAACUGCCGAUAGUAUUGCUCAAUGUUCUCCAGAACCUGGACAGCCGGAGUUUAUCGUUGUAGUACAUAACAAUCACUUUUUUGCAGUCGAAGUAGCGAAAAACGAUCAAAUUUACAGUCGGGAGAUGAUUGAACAACAGCUUAAUUGUGUAUUUGAAAAAUCAUGGAGGCCUGCACCGCCAAUUGGUGUACUAACAACAUCAGAUCGUGAUUCAUGGUUCAAGUCAUAUGAUCUGUUGAUGAAAGAUCAGAUGAGCGCUGAGUCGAUCGAGAAGAUUCAAAAAUCGAUGUUCAUGUUAUGUUUUGAUCAAGAUAAUUCUGGUUUAAAUAAUGUACAGUCACAUCUCUUCAUGGAUAAUGAUGAUGGUAGCCGCAAUGCUUCAUAUGGACAAAUGCUGCAUGGAGGAGGUAGUACAAAGAAUACACCCAAUCGUUGGUUCGAUAAGACCUUACAGGCAAGUAUUUUUAUUAUAAACUCUAAUGGUGACAAUGGCUUAAUUUAUGAACAUUCGGAAUGCGAUGGAACACCAGUUAUGAAUUUAGUCGAUUACAUUCUAUCUCGUGACAAUAUAACUGAAAAUGAGUACAAAGACACCAGUAGUAAUACUGUUGCUGUAAAAGACUUAAAUUUCAAUGUAGAUAAUGAUACUAUAACGGCUAUCAAGGAUUCUAUUCUGAAGAUUGAUAAACUGAUUACCAGCUUGAAUUUACGAUCACUCAAUUUUAAAGAUUAUGGUAAAAAUUUCAUAAAAUCGCAAUCUCUGAGUCCUGAUAGUUUUUUUCAAACGGCAAUGCAAAUAGCAUUCUACAGGAUUCAUAGUAGGAUGGCUUCCACGUAUGAAAGUGGGUCAACUAGACUAUAUCUUCUUGGUCGAACUGAAACUAUACGUUCUGCUUCACUUGAAGCUAAGGCGUUUGCAGAAGCAGCCUUUUCUGAUGAUAUUGAGGUCUCUGUAAAGCGUGACUUAUUAAAACAAGCAAUUGUGGCACACAAAAAACUUGCGUCAGAGGCCAAUGUAGCCCAGGGUUGGGAUAGACACUUUCUGGGAAUGAAAAUGGCAGCGGAAGAAAAUCUAUCUGAAAUGCCAAAAUUGUUUACAAGCUCAGGAUUCGUUAAGAGUUUCUUCAUUGAGUUGUCCACAAGCCAGGUACCUUUUAAGCAUCCAAUUUGUAUGAGCUUUGGACCAGUAAACUCCGACUGUUACGGUAUUGGAUAUAAUUUACUUCCUGACAAUAUCUUAUUCAUUUGUACAACUUUUAACGAUUCCACAGCAACAAAUCUCCUGGACUUUGCAGAAGCUUUGCAAUUAAGUCUAGCAGAAAUGAAGAAAAUUCUGACCCAAGAAACUUAA